AUGGCUAGCGGUUUGCGGAUUCUCGUCCCUGUUAAGAGGGUCAUUGACUAUGCGAUCAAACCCCGAAUCAACAAGGCCCAAACCGGCGUCGAGACCGCUGGUGUCAAGCACUCCCUCAACCCAUUCGACGAGCUCUCCGUUGAGGAAGCCGUGCGUCUCCGCGAACGCAAGGGCCCGCUAAAGGUCGACAACAUUCUUGCUCUCUCCGCCGGCGGACCGAAAUGCGCCGACACCCUUCGCACCGCGAUGGCCAUGGGCGCCGACCGUGCCUUCCACAUUGACGUGCCCGACAGCAACGACGGCGGCCUAGAGCCAUUGACCGUUGCGAAGACGCUGCGUGCUGUUGUGGAGAAGGAGAACAUCAACUUGGUGCUGCUUGGAAAGCAGGCUAUUGACGGUGACCAGGGGCAGACGGGUCAGAUGCUGGCGGGUCUCCUGGGCUGGCCGCAGGCAACGCAAGCCAGCAAGGUUGACGUCAAGGAUGAUCAGGGGACCGUUGAGAUUACGCACGAAGUCGAUGGCGGUGUUGAGACGCUCAAGGCUAAGCUGCCGCUGGUUAUUACGACUGACCUGCGACUGAACGAGCCGCGGUAUGCCAGUCUGCCUAACAUCAUGAAGGCGAAGAAGAAGCCUCUGGAAAAGAAGACUCUUGCGGACUUUGGUGUGGAGGAUAAGAAGCGUUUGAAGACGUUGAAGGUUACGGAACCCCCGACCCGACAGGGUGGUGGCAAGGUCGAGGAUGUCGAUGGUCUGAUCGGAAAGCUGAAGGAGCUCGGAGCUUUGUGA